CUCAAGCCUUGCCAUUGUUAGAAUUUCAAGUGUAUACUAAAGAAUGAUUUUCAUCAUUCUGUUAAUUUUAUAAUUAAGGACUUUUUGGAUUUGAAUGUGCAAAAAUGGCGAGCAGCAAGAAAGCAAAACAGGGACAUGGAGAAACAACGAUGGAAAAAGAAAUACGUGAGUUGUUCCGACUGUUUGACACGAACAACGACCGUUCCAUAUCAGUGCAGGAGCUGGGCAAGGCGAUGAGGUUUCUGGGAAUGUCACCCACACAACAACAGAUAACCGACGCCAUGAGCGCAUUGGACACAAACGGAAAUGGCAGAAUCGAGUUUCAAGAGUUUUACACAUUUAUGCAAGCAGAGAUGACUAAACUAAAUGAAGCAGAUUUCAUAAACAACCAGGACAUUGUACGCUCAGCAUUCCGGACGUUUGAUAAGGAUGGGAAUGGAUACAUAGACGAGAAGGAAUUAAGAAUUGCAAUGAAGAAGCUGGGUGAAGCAUUGACGGACAAGGAGCUGGAUGAUAUGAUGAAACAAGCUGAUAUCGAUGGCGACGGCAAAAUCAAUUAUGAAGAGUUCGUCAAAAUAUGGUGUGAGGCAACUUGAGGAACACCUAUGCUGCUACAUAGUUAUCACUUACAUUAAAUGGACUGGCAUUAUGCAUCCAAUGUAUAUAUGUUUCAUUAAACAGGAACUUGGUUCUGUUCUUAUAUACA